UGAAGCUGUGCUGCCUUUAUGUGAUGAAGAUCUAAGUAGUAAUUAAUUUCCCGAAGAACUGCCAAGGCUCCUUUGGCUAAAAUGGGGAUGUUCCAUGCUUUGGUCACUGAGUUGCAAAAAAAAGAAUGUUUAAACAUGACUCAGUUAAAGCAGUGGAGACUUCUGUAAGACAUGGAUAGAUGCAAACAUGUUGGGCGGCUACGACUCGCCCAAGACCAUUCUAUCCUGAACCCCCAGAAGUGGCACUGCAUGGACUGCAAGACAACAGAGUCGAUAUGGGCAUGUCUGAAAUGCUCCCAUGUGGCCUGUGGAAGGUACAUUGAGGAACAUGCACUUAAACACUUUGAAGAAACCAGACACCCGCUGGCAAUGGAAGUUAACGAUCUCUAUGUGUUUUGUUACCUUUGUGAAGACUAUGUCUUGAAUGAUAAUCCCGAGGGUGAUUUGAAAUUGCUAAGAAGCUCUCUGUCAGCAAUUAGAAGUCAAAAGCAUGAUCCAUCAACAAGAAGUGGUAGGACAUUGCGAUCAAUGGCUUUGGGGGAGGACGUAUGCAGCCAUCAAAGGACCCCUCAGGGACAGCCUCAGAUGCUCACUGCUCUCUGGCACAGGCGGCAGUCCUUGCUAGCAAAAGCGCUGCGGACCUGGUUUGAUAAGAGUUCGAGAGGCCAGUUGAAACUAGAACAAAAGAAACGAAUGGAGGAACUGGAGAAAAAGAAGGAAGCAGCCAGGCAGCGACGACAGGAGAUGAAACGGCGGCUUCUGGAGGAGCUGGCAAACACUCCUCCCAGAAAGAGCGCAAGGCUGUUGUCUCAUGUUCACAGAGAGAACUUGAUUCCAAGGAAAUUCAGAGAGAUGGCAACAGCUUCCCCUACCUCAAGGAGAGUGCAGAGCAGCAAAUUCAAACAGUUUUAUUCCAUCCGGCGCAAGCCCCUUAUGACUCCAGGUGUGACUGGUUUAAGGAACCUUGGAAACACAUGCUACAUGAACUCUAUUCUGCAAGUGCUAAGUCACCUCCAGAAAUUUAGAGAAUGUUUUUUGACACUUGACCUCUGUGAAACUGAAGAACUCUUAGCCAAAACCGUGAACGGGAAGUCUAGAAUGUCUGGCAAGUUGGCAAACGGAUCUGCUGCUAAUGAGUCAGGGAAGAGUGACAAAAUGGGGUCAUAUGGCAGGCAAAGCUUGCCAGUUGGCUUAAAUGGUGGGUCCUCAAUUAGCAGGAGUUUGGAACUAAUACAGCCCAAGGAACCAAGUUCAAAGCACAUCUCUCUCUGUCACGAACUGCACACCCUCUUCAGAGUAAUGUGGUCUGGGAAGUGGGCAUUAGUGUCUCCAUUUGCCAUGCUGCACUCUGUGUGGAGUUUGAUUCCAGCAUUUCGAGGUUACGAUCAGCAGGACGCUCAGGAAUUUCUUUGUGAGCUGUUGGACAAAGUGCAGCAGGAGCUGGAGUCUGAAGGGACGAAGCGCAGGAUCCUCAUCCCUUUCUCACAAAGGAAGCUCACCAAGCAGGUCCUGAAAGUGGUGAACACCAUUUUCCAUGGGCAGCUGCUGAGUCAGGUCACCUGUAUAACAUGCAACUACAAAUCCAACACCGUUGAGCCCUUCUGGGAUCUUUCCCUGGAAUUUCCUGAACGUUAUCACUCCAUUGAGAAAGGGGUUGUCCCUGUAAACCAGACAGAGUGCAUGCUGACAGAAAUGUUGGCCAAGUUCACAGAAACUGAAGCUCUGGAAGGGAGGAUAUAUGCAUGCGACCAAUGCAACAGCAAACGGCGGAAGUCUUCUCCUAAACCUCUUGUUCUGAGCGAAGCUAAAAAGCAGUUAAUGAUCUACAGACUACCUCAGGUCCUCCGGCUGCACCUUAAACGAUUCAGGUGGUCUGGACGUAAUCACCGUGAGAAGAUUGGGGUCCAUGUCCUCUUUGACCAGGUAUUAAACAUGGAACCUUACUGCUGCAGGGACUCUCUCUCCUCUCUUGACAAAGAGACCUUUGUCUAUGACCUCUCCGCUGUGGUGAUGCAUCAUGGGAAAGGGUUUGGCUCAGGACACUACACAGCAUAUUGCUACAACACAGAGGGAGGUUUUUGGGUCCACUGCAAUGACUCCAAACUGAAUGUAUGUAGUGUGGAGGAGGUGUGCAAAACCCAGGCCUACAUUCUUUUUUACACUCAAAGAACAGUGCAGGGCAAAGCAGGAAUCUCAGAAACACAACUCCAAGCUCAGGUGCCGUCCAAAAACAGCGAUAAGGACAGAAGACUGACAUUCCCGUGACGGGAAGCAUCAGUAACUCAAUCGACAGUCUCAGUUAUUUUAAACCAUUGGUGUUCACAUCUUUCCUCUUUGUAGGAAUGAAGGCUCACUGCAGGAACAGAUCAGAGCAUCGUUGGCCACCCAGGGUCUGGAAAAGUGUGCGUCUGGCUGUGUAAUUCUGUCACGUAAGAUUGUAAACAGAAUCUUCAUCAUUAAAAGGUAUCGGUAAACCAUGCUCUCCUCGGAACAAGAGAAACCACUUCAGGUGCCUAGUAUCAUGAAUCUUAUAUUGCAAAAAAAUUAAAUAAGGCGCAUGAAAGUAAUGGCAGCCCAUUGUGUUCAGCAAGGAUACAAAAUCAUCAAACCAGCUCCUAAUUACACUGCAUUCCCUAGUGGGGAAUGCUGAUGAACCUCCAAAAGAAAUGCACAGGUAUGGUAGAACCUCUUUAACCUUGUUGUGAAGUAUGGCUCAAAGCGUGACUUGCUUAUCCAACUGCUCCGAAGGUAUCUACAGUAGAUGGGGCCCUACUGUGGUAAAAGCCGCUCUUGCUGAAGAGUCGCGAAGGCCCAUUGAUAGCAACAGGUCAUUUUCUGGGUACUGGUGGGGCCCAAGCGUAGCAUUUGAAUACACCUUGACAGUUUUGUGUAGGCUGAAUUGACUUGCCGAUUUUACUUUUUCCGGUUUGCAACAUGCAGUAUAACAAAAGUGGUUCUGCUCUAGAAAGGGAUCGUAUAAAAAUGGAACAUUUUGUUUGACCAGAUCUGCCCCUGCACGUUCAGAACUGUAUCUGCUGACAGCUUUAAAAACAAAAUACAGAUCAUGUUUACACUAAAUUAAAAUAAGGCCACGUCUAUGCUACGCGCUUCUGCCAGCCCACCCCUGUAUAUCGGUCAGGGGUGUCAAGAAGUGUGAUCCCUUGCCAGCACAGCUGAGCCAGCAAACGCUGUGAGCAUGGGUGCAGCUUAUACUGGCAAAAUUCCAGUAUUACAAAUAUAGCUUAUUUUGCUCAGGGCAUGAGGUUAUAGCUGCAGAAUAAGUUAUACCAGGAAAAGCACAGUUUUGAGCAUAUAAGCUGUAUCCAUGCUAAGAGCACUUUACCAGAACAGUGUACUCGACUUUUAUGCACGUUGGAUCAUUGCAUAAUUCAUUUAAAGGCAUGUUAAAGGCCCCACGUUUUUCUUCCUAUUGCUUGCAUUAUAGCAAAUAUCCAGUAUUUGCAUCUUGGUUAUGUGUUGAAACUACUUGAGCACAGACAGUAUUUCAGAUCCCUUUCUACUUUGUAAAAGCAUUUUACUCUGGUUAAUUGCAUAUUAAUUGGCUCCAGAAAUGGCGAUGGGGAAGUGCCUUUCAAAAGGCUGCUGCUAGAAGCCUUGAAAAGGAUGGGAGCUAGUUAGUUUUGGGGCUGUUAAUAUUGCAACACUGACAAAGCUGUGUACUCUGAGCAGUGCAUGUGUUACCUUUGGAUAAGUGCAUCUCCAUCAAGCAAGUACAAAGCCUUUUUUUCUAGCCCCAGUGCCAUGCACUUAAACAGAGUACACUGUAUAGCUGUACAAUAAGCAGUUGUGAAUGUAGGCCUGGCCUGUGUGAGCUGAUUAUACCACUGCACGGGCCAUUUCAGCUAUAAGAAAAUGAGCUGGAUUCUUUUGGUGUAUAAACAGGGCUUUAGUCAGCAGCUCUCUGUCAUACUUGUGCAAACUCAAGGAAGGCAGUGAGGUUGUACCAGUAUAACUGAGUAUAAUUUGGGCCAGGCCAUCUUGUAUUUGUACCAAUGUUCUUUCCUUCCUGCACACAGCUUGACUUUCGGGUCCCACAGUGCCUUUGCAGGGCUGCAAAAUGUGUAAGAGGAAACAAACCACGUGUGCAUGCAAUCUGAGAUUGACAUGGCGCCUUUCCAAUUAUUUCCAAACACAGGGGUCUCCCUGCACUGUUUGUAGCCACUUUCUGGAGCAGAACCACAUUUCAAACAUCGGAUGGUGUGAGGCUUUUGCUGUCUGUGCUCUGGUUUUGGGAUCGCAGAAACGUUUGCG